GGCUCCGGCUCUGGGAGGUUUGUUGUUGAGGAUCUGUUGAUGCUGGAGGGGCGUUGCUUUCUGCUUUAAGAAUGACAGCAAUCAAGCAUGCUUUACAGAGAGAUAUUUUCACUCCACAUGAUGAACGAUUGCUCAGCAUAGUCAAUGUCUGCAAGGCAGGCAAAAAGAAGAAAAACUGCUUUUUGUGUGCUACAGUAACAACCGAGCGACCAGUCCAGGUAAAUGUUGUAAAGGUGAAGAAAUCUGAUAAGGGGGAUUUCUACAAACGGCAAACUGAAUGGGCAUUGCGAGAUUUGGCUGUCGUUGAUGCCAAAGAUGCUAACAAGGAGAAUCCAGAGUUUGAUUUGCACUUCGAAAAAAUUUACAAGUGGGUUGCCAGCAGCACAGCAGAGAAAAAUGCUUUUAUUUCCUGUAUUUGGAAGCUUAAUCAGCGAUACCUGAGAAAGAAACUUGAGUUUGUCAAUGUUAGCUCUCAAUUAUUGGAAGAGUCUGUUCCAAGCGGUGAAAAUCAGAGUGUGGCUGGUGGAGAUGAGGAAUCUUUGGAUGAUUACCAGGAGCUGAAUACAAGAGAAGAACAGGAUAUUGAGAUAAUGAUGGAUGGUUGUGAAUAUGCCAUCUCGAAUGCUGAAGCAUUUGCAGAAAAACUAUCUAGAGAAUUGCAGGUGCUGGAUGGGGCCAAUAUCCAAUCGAUAAUGGCUUCAGAAAAGCAGGUGAACAUUCUGAUGCAGCUGCUGGAUGAAGCACUUAAUGAAGUAGAUGAAAUUGAGCAUAAGCUGAGCAGUUAUGAAGAAAUGCUGCAGAGUGUAAAGGAGCAGAUGGAUCACAUCUCUCAAAGCAAUGACCUCAUUCAGCUCAGUAACACUAACAAUAUGAAGCUUCUGGAAGAAAUAGAAUUUCUGGUGAACUAUUUAGAUCUAUCCAAAGGCCAUAUUAAAGCCCUUACAGAUGGGGAUCUUUCUUCUUCUAAAGGAAUUGAAGCAUGCACCAAUGCCGCAGAGGCCCUUUUGCAAUGUAUGAAUGUAGCCCUUCGACCAGGACAUGAUGAACUUCAAGCAGUGAAGCAGCAGCAGCAGCAGUUCAAAAAUCUUCGGGAACAAUUUGCCAGGAGACUUGCCAACCAUCUUAAUAAUGUUUUUGUCCAGCAGGGCCACGAUCAAAGCUCCACAUUGGCUCAGCACUCAGUUGAGCUGUUUCUCCCUAAACAUCUUCCUUUUCAUCGAGAUCUACUUAGAUAUGCAAAGCUCAUGGAAUGGUUAAAGAAUACUGAUCAUGAGAAAUAUGAAGGAUUGAAUAAGAACUAUGUCGAUUAUAUAUCCAGGUUAUAUGAAAGAGAAAUCAAGGAAUUCUUUGAGGUUGCAAAGAUCAAGAUGACUGGCACAUCAAAGGAAGGAAAAAAGUUUGCCACACUUCCUCGAAAAGAGAGUGCUGUCAAACAAGACCUAGAGAGUCUCCACGGAAGUUCUGGGAAACUCACUGGAUCCACCUCCAGCCUAAACAAACUGUCUGUUCAAGGAUCAGGGAAUCGUCGCUCUCAGUCAUCUUCACUGCUCGACAUGGGGAAUAUGUCUGCAUCAGACCUUGAUGUGGCUGAUCGAACAAAGUUUGAUAAGAUUUUUGAGCAGGUCCUAAGUGAGCUAGAGCCCCUGUGUUUGGCUGAACAAGACUUCAUUAGCAAAUUCUUCAAGUUACAACAGAGCCCAGCAUUACCAGGAUCUGUCGUGGCAGACUCCACUGAUGUGGAUGGGCUACUUCUCUCUCGACAACAUACUCUUUUGGGAGACAGACAUUCAUUACCAUCUGAAAAAGAGGAGGCAGGUAUCAUUCGAUCAAUGAUGAUAAAGGUUUUCCGCUGUAUUGAACCAGAGCUAAACAACCUCAUUUCACUUGGGGACAAGAUUGACAGCUUCAACUCAUUGUAUAUGUUGGUGAAGAUGAGUCAUCACGUUUGGACAGCAGAGAAUGUGGAUCCUGCCUCCUUUCUCAGUACCACAUUAGGAAAUGUACUUGUAACAGUCAAGAGAAAUUUUGACAAAUGCAUUUUGAAUCAAAUUAAACAGAUGGAAGAAGUUAAGAUAUCAAAGAAGAGUAAAGUUGGAAUCCUACCAUUUGUUAGUGGGUUUGAAGAAUUUGCAGAACUAGCAGAGUCCAUCUUCAAAAAUGCUGAACGUAGGGGGGACCUCGACAAGGCUUACACCAAACUAAUUCGGGCUGUUUACAACAAUGUGGAAAAAGUUGCUAAUGAAAGUCAGAAGACACCAAGAGAUGUUGUGAUGAUGGAAAACUUUCACCACAUUUUUUCAACGCUCUCUCGUCUGAAAAUUGCAUGCCUUGAAAUGGAAAGGAGAGAAGCCAAACAGAAAUAUACAGAGCAUUUGCAAUUUUAUGUGAUAUACUCCCUGGGACAACCUCUUGAGAAACUUAAUCAUUUCUUUGAGGGAAUUGAAGCUCGUGUGGCACAGGGCAUCAGGGAAGAGGAAGUGAGCUAUCAGCUAGCAUUCAACAAGCAAGAGCUACGAAAAGUCAUUAAAGAAUAUCCUGGAAAGGAAGUGAAAAAAGGACUGGACAACCUGUACAAAAAAGUGGACAAGCAUCUCUGUGAGGAAGAAAACUUGCUGCAGGUUAUGUGGCAUUCCAUGCAGGAUGAGUUCAUUCGUCAGUACAAGCACUUUGAGGGUCUGAUAGCUCGUUGUUAUCCUGGCUCUGGAAUUACUAUGGAAUUCACCAUCCAGGACAUUCUAGAGUAUUUCUCAAGUAUUGCACAGUCGCAUUAAUAACUAAUAUUGUCUGAAAAGUAACGAGGUGUCAAGCACCAUUUUCACAUUCUUUGCUGAAGCCUGUAAUAGCUCUUCAUGGAAAUAAUUGACAUCUAAUGCUGGCAUAAUAUUAUUUGUAUAUUUAAAAAAUAGAUACUUAGGCCAAAGCUGAAAAGCUCUUUUUUCUGACACUGUCUGUUAACUAAUUUACAUGCACAUCUAACAAUAUGUUCAAUUAGGGUUGCAAAUACACAAUUCCAUGAUAUAUUACUUCAUGUGAUGAAAAGUUUCAGUUUUGGAAAGUUUUAAUGUGUAACACCUGGAAUUUUGUAUUUCUAGCUAUAUGGAUUGAUAAUUUAUUUUAAAAAUACCACCCUUGACUCUAUCUUAAAAUGAGCAUCUUGUGUUAGAAAUCACAAUUUCUGAGUAAUGGGAGAUUUGAGACUGUUAAUUGUUUUCUAGUAGAGCUUUGUGAAAAGCUUCACAAAUUUUGAAAAAUUACUAAGCCUUACUUGAAGUAUUGCCAAAUGAAGUUGUAUUUUAAGAAAGCUGGUUCUUCUAUCAAUGCAUCUCAUAACAAUUUCUUUCAGGAAAAUGGUUACUAUAUUCCAGAAUAAUACAAAAAUCUCUGCUGAUCUAGUUAAAAUUCAGAAUAUAUGCUAAUAUGCUGAAAAUUGCUUAAUUCAGCCUAUCACAAUUGCACUUGUGUUAUUUACACUGGAUUACACUUGUGCAAGUGCCAUGGAAUAAUUACAAUUAUUGGAUCAUUUGUGUUUUUAUUAUGGUAAAACCACUUUGAAAUAUCAAUACUUUGGAUCAUAACCAAGAUUGUUAAAGUUAUUUUUCAUACAUCUUGGUCAUUGAAUCAGUCAAGAACUGCAACACCCACAACUUUCACUGAUUUUUAAAAAAAUACUUUAUAAAUAAUAAUUUCAUUGGUUGCAAUCAUUCAGACUAAUGGGCUUCAAUAACAAUUUUAGUUGGGAGAUUGUGACCUUUCCUCUCAUUCAGUCACAGUCUCUUCAUUAAUUAUUUGAGGCAAUUAGAUUUUUAAUAUCUUCCAUUGAAAUUAUACAAACUGCAUUACUUCCAUUCCUGAAUCAACUUUAAUAUCAGGCAGUACUUUAGUAUCCAUUGACCUGAUUCAGAAGGUUAUAAGGGAUUUUUAAAAAAAUACAAACCUGAUGGACCAAUUCAUUCUGUUCUUUUUGAUAUUUCUGUGAACCCAGUAAUGACUAUAAUAAUGCCAUGAGGAGCACUGAUCAGGCAUUUCCAUAAAAUGGCCAUUUUGUGAACCAAACUGAACCAGAACUUUAAAGUGCUUCUCUUUGGUUUUUUCACUUUUUUUUAAGUCACUGAAAAAUCAACCCAAAUUACACAAAAUAAUUCAACCUAAUAUCCAGCAUAUAUUGUAAAACAAGUGUUAACAUGCCAAUUUACUCUCUAUUCUAGUGCCUGAGGAAACAAAAACAGAAUUAAUGUACACCAGUUCAGUGUAAAUUGAGCAUUUAGAACAUAACGGCAAACAGAAGCAAACUUUAAUGAAGUACUCGAGAGUGAGAGAGAUGUCAUUAGUGAAUUGUUUAAUUAGAAAUACAUAAACAUAUUUUUAACUACUUAUUGAACCUUCAGUAAAUAUAAUUCAACUAGUAAAUUUAGGAUACAGAAUGAAAAUAGAAUGGCAGAGAAUUAAGGCUCUUCAGAAAACUUUUAAUUUUGUUUAUCUGGCUCCCAGCAAUUUAAGUUGACUGUGAUAUUUAGUUUCCAAUUCAAUGCAAACUUCUCUAGAAAAUCAAUUAUUUAACACUAGCAACACAGCAUGGAUGUUCUUGCACAUAAAUGUACAAGUUGCCGAACUUGAGUUUUGAUAUUCCCAAAAUAGAAAAAUAACGAAAACUCAUCUUGGCUGGUAUUUAUCUCGUGUUUGGGCUAUUUCAUUAUGAUGUAACAUAUGCAUUAAUUAUUUAGAAACACUAAUCAUGACUGUUCAAAAAAGUUCUGAUGCAUUAUUGUGAAAGAGUGAAUUAGGUUUUGAAACGCGUACAAGCAAACUACAGUAAUAUAUAACUGUUAAAACUGCACUGAAAAUGGAGUUCUUUGGUCAUAACAAAUAAGUGAUAAUUCUUGCAUCAGAAAUGAAUCAGGUUUUCAGUCUUUAUAAUAAAAUGCGGAGCUCCCUUCUUAGUGCAGAAAUUAUGACAAACUUGUUGAAUUUUCUUUAAAUAUCAUAUUCUUUGCUGGGGGGAGGGGGUGCUAACACAUGAAAGGAAGAUAUUUCAGUACAGGAUGUGAAUGAAUCCUGAUGAUCUAUAAUUAUUACUGAUGCAUUAACUUAAAUAACUUGAUAUGCAUUUUGUAUGCAGGUAACAUCUUUUGUUUUACAGGCAUUUGAAUGAUAUUUCAUGGUUAUUAACUGUUAGUAAAAAGGUUCAUAUAUUUAAUGGGAUUCCAACCUAUAUACUAAUGUAAUAGCACCAUAUACUUCUCAAAAUUUCCAUGUCAUUUGCAUUCUGUCAAUAAAAGAUGUGUCAGGCUAUUUAUAUUCACCUAAGAUGUCUACAGUGCUGUCACUGCAAGUACCUACUGAUAAAGCUGAUAAUUCUAAAGGUAUUAAACACCUUUUAAAUUUUGUAUUACUAUUAAUUUUGGAAAAUUACUGUCAAUCAAAAUCCUUGUUUGAGCUAGGGAUCAAUAUAAUAACCUACAUGACCAACCCACUUGGAUCCUGUUUCAAUGCCAAUAAAUACGAUCUAUUAUUUAUUUUGUAAACAAUAACAUUCUGAUGGUCUCAUUGUAUUGUUGCAUUUAAAACACUACCAAUAAAGUAAAUUACAUACUUG